GCGGUCGAGAGACGAGGAUUUUCCAACUAUUAUGUCACUACGUUAAAUUACUAGAAGGGGUUCAAGUUGCAUUUGCAUUGCGAUUGUUGAUCGACGCUCGUGUAAUAUUAUACGUUCAAAAGUUUGUGGUUUUUUUUUUGACAUUUUUUAAUUCGUUUGAGAAUUUGCUGAGAAUUUUUAUACUGUUAACUGGAAUUUGGAGAUGUCUACAAUAUCACCAUACUUAAUAACUUUAUUCACAUUAUCAGAAAUUUCCGGAUAUACGCUUCUUGGGCCUAAACUCUAUAGCCAGUCACUGCCUUCGAACAACCGUGGUUGGUCUAACCUGGUACCAUAUCCAUUUCGCACCUAUCAGCCUUCAGUACCUUUCCAAUAUUAUGGCAGAUACGUAGGAGAUCCUUAUUUCUCACCCAACAUGCAGAACCCAGAUUACUACUUUUCUCAAGAUAAUUAUCCAUAUUCUUCAUCAUUCGACGACCCUGAUUACUACUCGAAUAUUUUAUACUACAUUCCAUCCAAUAGGCGAAUCCCAUAUUACGAUCAGCCAGUCAUCGAUCCCAUAGACGAGAUCCAAGAUUACGACGAAGAAGCGCCACCCGAGGAGGAUAACAUCGUCUCUAAAACACAACGCGAUUGGUGGCUGGAGAAAAACGUUUUACCCAAUGAGGAUACGGAUUUCACCGAUUUCAAUACGAUAAUCGAAGAGAUUCCGCAAUCACUGGCGUCGAUAUCGAGUAAAGACGCCAAAGUGCCGAAAAAAGCUAAAUCUAAAACAAAAGAGGCUAAAAAGAAGCCCAAAAAUCGGUUCAAUGGGAUCGACGGUUUUGGGCGAAAAAAAGAUAAAGAACAGGUAUACGGGACUUAUAAGACUAAUCCGAGAAGAGACGAGGAACGUACGUGGGUGUACGGAGUUCCAGUCAGAUCGGAUUUCAACGAAGAUGAAGACGUCAGAGAGCUUAGAUCGUUGUUGAAAGAAUCUCCUCCUCAACGUGGUGGUGGUGGUGGUGCCGAACCGAUGACGAUGCGAAAUAACCUUAACGAUUACGAUAAUUCUGAUUUAGCCAAUUGGAUCGUAGGUAACAAGAAGAGAAACGGAAUUCAAAGUACACCUCAUCGUGGUGCGAUGAUGAAGGAAAACACGUCGAGUAAAAUUACGUCCACGCUGAACCCUCUCAUGUUUCAACUUUAUAACGAAGCUGGUAUCGAGAACAUACCCGUUGAUUAUAUUCCUAGUGAAAGGUGGCCACAGCCUGAGCUCACUCAACCAGAAGAACCAUCAGUUUUCGAUAAAAUCAAAAGGCUGCUCGCUUUGGAAGAUAAAGUUAAUCAGCAAAUAAAAUCUAAACGAAGCCAAGACUGUGAUAGUGGAAUUUGUCAAUACAGAACUGAAAAGGAAUCCAGAGUGGAACUACCUUCUAGUACUACAACAACUACAACACAAACCACGACUAUGAAACAAUUUCCAGAUGUUACUCGAGGUAAAUCUAAAUCACCAUCGUCAUCCAGUAGUACCAAAAAGCCGGAAUUAAUUAGAAAUCAUAAUAAAAGAUCGACAGCUGAUAAGAAAAACGUGGUUAGUGACGAAGAAUCGCUAGUUCGACAGCUUAAUUCGCUCAGGCAUAUAAGAAAUUGAUCGAGUUUAUACAUGUACGAUUAAUAAAUUGUUAGGUUUUGUUAUCCCGUUCGACGGAGUUCGCGCUGCAUUUCGAUAUUGUUAUUUUUUUCUAUUUAAUUUUUUUUCGCGUUAAUUCUUUGUGUAAGAAUAAUUUUACGUAUUCUCGCCGUAGAAUUGUAACAUGGAUUGUAUGGAUUCUUUCGCGGAUGCGUUGUUUAAAAUUUUAAAAAAAAUAUUCUUCACUGUAUUGUCUUAUUACUUUUAAGUUGUAUGUUUAAGGACUUUUUUUAUUUAUUAAUCUUAUCUUUUUAGACUUUUACCAUAAUAAGUUUAAAUAAGUUUUUUUUUUUUUUUUUUUUUUUUUUUAAAUCGACUUUUACUUACUCUUAUGUAUGUAUCUAUUUACCACGCUAAAGCGGCCAUGUAUGUUUAAAACGUGUUUAAUUUACAAUCAUUUUUCUCUCUUGUAUUUUUUUUUUUUUUUUUGGUUUUUCGUUUCUUGGUUCUUUCUGUUUCAUUUUUACAUUUAUCAGAUUUUGUGUUUUUUCCCCUUCAGUUUUUUAUUUUGUCAAUUAUUUAUUUCCUCGAAAUAUAUUUUAUUUAUGUGGAGGUAAUAAAACAUAC